AUGUCGAACCUUUAUUCCGAAUUCUGCGAAUACGAGGCUGACGAUCUCGAAGCUCUCAUGGGUGAAGGGUCCGAAUCCCAGAUUCAAACCGGAGAUGGGUUUGAUCUUCACCCCCAGAGUGAAUCAACUAUCGAUUCUCUCAACAAUCUUCGUAGACUAUGUCUCAUCCCCCCUGAGGUAGAGAUGGUAGUCCCGGAGCCCUUCGAGUCUCCAGAGUCGGGGCGAGAAGGUCCUCAGAUUCGACCAGUCCCAUCCAUCGAUUUUCUCAAAUUUUACAAGGCCGUCUUGGAGAGGCCAGUUCAUUGGAAUUCUUUUACUCUGGAAAGAAUUCACGGCGCCGGGUUUUCUGUCAGAAUGACACUUACUCGCCCCGUCGACCCUCCUCCUGCUGAGAUUGAUCUCUCGAGUCUGAAUGCCCGAGACAGGAGAAAGAUCAAAGAGGCAAACAAAAAGGUUAAAGAUCAGAUUUCCCUAAUCGGGAAAAACAAGAAAAAUGCAACUUCCACCGAGGACGACAAAGUCUAUCGGAAAACUCUCCUUGUUGACGAUGGAUCACUUGAAGGUUCAAAGUCAAUGGCGGUUGCUGCGAUCAAUGCUUCUCCCUCCAUCCUAGCAGCAGACAACAUGGCCGCUGCCACCGUUGAGGAGGAAGGCCUUGCAAGUGACACUUCUCUUAUGAAGAAGAGGAAGGCUGAGGAACUUGGACCCCUGCCCCAGGGACGUCCCAAGAGCACAAGGAAGGGCAGAGCCCCUCCUUCGAAUCUUCCAAUUCCUGAACCUGCUGAAGCUCAGGAUGCAAACCCUGAUUCGGGAACUGUUUUGAAGGAACCGCUGGGUUCAGGGAUGUUACCCCUUACGCGCCCCCGAGGCAAUACCUCUAGGGUUCGAUCAUCUUUGAACUCAGGACUGGUUGCCAGAGCUUCGUCUCAAGCCGAUAAAGAGAAGAUCGGGAAUAUGUUUAGGUGCUUCCACACCCGUGUUGGGAAGAAGCUUCCAUCCUUUGAUUGGUGGAAGCCUGAUAUCAAGAAGAUGUACAUCAGUCAUUCAUUUCACUCUUCCCAGGCAACUUUGGAUGUAAAUGGCAUUGUGAACUUUUACGAAGAGGAGCUCGCUAAAGUUUCCAAGAAAGUUGAUGUCGCUGAAGGAGAGAUUGAAAAACUGCAAUCUUCCAGUCGGCUUGUGCAGGAAUCUACUGGCCUUGACUCGGCUCGCCAGGAAGAGAUCGAGAGACUCGAAAGAUCCGGCGAGGAGAAAAGGAGGACUUUGAUUGAGACAGAGCAAAAGCUAGAGACUGCCCUUGCUGAUCAUAACUUCGCAAAAGGCGAGAUUGAGCUUCUGAGAUCAGAGCUUAACAAGGUUAAAGCAGCUUCUGAGGAGCUCGAACGCAAAAAUGAGUCUCUUUCCAAACUGAAAGAUCGCGAUGAAUUUAUCGCUGCAGACAAAGCUUGGAACAAGCUUAACUCCGAACGCGAUGAAAUGAAAAGUAAUCUCGACUUGAUCAAAGAGAUAGAGGACGGAAAAGUCAAUUUGGCUGAAGAGAAAGAGACGUUUGCUUUUGAAUUCGCUAAUUCCCCUCCAUUGACCGAACAAAACAUUGGUUCGUCCUUGGACGAGAUGGUGUUAACCGGUUCUCCUCGCGCUCAUUUUAAUGAGUUCGGAACCAAUGUUGAUAGAAUCUCCUCGGGACAAGCUCAGGGGCUCUCUGAUCAGGGGCUUGUCAUCUCCUCGAUUAUGGGAGACGAUGUUGAAUCAAGGAACGAGACUCCUCUCGAUGCUAGCUCGCUUAACCCUGAAGUGGUUCUCGUGACUCAAGACGAUGACGUUGGGGGUGCUCUUGUCUCAAGUCAAGUAAGGGAAGAGGGCGGCUCGCCUGUGAAUGAAUGA